AUGGCUCCUCUGUACAAAGUCGUGCUUCUAGGAGACUCGUCCGUGGGGAAAACGUCCCUUGUGUACAGACUCACCCUGGACAAGUUCGACGAAAACCUGCCCAACACCAUCGGCGCCGCUUUCCUCUCAAAAGAACACUCCAGCAACGAAAAGACAGUCAACCUAGAAAUAUGGGAUACCGCCGGCCAGGAGCGCUACAAGCUGCUCACGCCAAUGUACUAUAGAAACGCCAAGGAGGCGCUUGUUUGUUUUGAUCUUUCGUGUCCGGAUGCUUCGUUUGAUAGAGCCCGAUACUGGGUGGACCAGCUCAAGGUUCUGGGACCCCCUGAUAUCAAGGUGAGAGUGGUGGGGAAUAAGAAGGACCUCGUGGACGAGAACGAGAUCGAUUUGCUGAGAAUCAGAGACUAUUGCUCCGAGAACAACGUGUCGUUGUACCUCACCAGUGCCAAAUUGAGCCAGGGUGUGGUGGAGCUUUUUGACGAGAUCGUGGGACUGGUGGACCAGGAUUACUUGGACAAUUACGUUGAGCCUACUGACUCGAUCCAGCCAAUUUCCUUGUUGAGCGGGCCCAGGGCGUCUACGUGCUGCUGA